AUGAUUAAAGGUAAAGAUAUAUACCAAGUUUUGGCAGCUAUUGUGCCCCAAUAUGUGGCUAUUGUAUUAGCUUAUGGCUCAGUUCGGUGGUGGAAGAUCUUCACACCUGAACAGUGCUCUGGUAUAAACCGUUUUGUUUCCAUGUUUGCGGUUCCUUUUCUUGUUUUUCAUUUCAUAUCAUCCAAUGACCCUUAUUCUAUGAACUUCAAGCUCAUAGCCGCAGACUCUCUUCAAAAAGUUGUGAUUUUGGGGUCUCUAUUUCUAUGGAACACCGUAACAACAAAGUAUAGUUGCCUUGACUGGACAAUCACACUGUUCUCACUUUCUACUUUACCAAACACACUCAUCAUGGGGGUCCCUCUUUUGAAGGCCAUGUAUGGAGAUUUUACAUCCACCCUCAUGAUCCAAAUUGUGGUUUUGCAGGGUGUCGUAUGGUUCAAUAUUUUGCUGUUCUUGUUUGAAUAUAGAGGUGCUAAGCACCUUAUUUCAGAGCAAUUCCCUGAGACGGCAGGGUCCAUCACUUCUGUCAGGGUUGAUUCAGAUGUUAACUCUCUCAGUGGUAGAGAACCAUUGCAAGCUGAUGCAGAAAUUGGAGAAGAUGGGAAGUUUCAUGUGGUGGUGAGAAGAUCAGCUUCUUCUUCAUUCAAUAAGUCUCUUACUGGGGUUGAAGAAGAGAUGUUGAAGAUGCAAAAGAAAAGGGGAUGGAGGAGCAAGAGUUGUAAUGAUCUAAAACCAAUGUUUUCAAGGUCUGUCAGUGAUGGCCAAAGAAAUAAAGAUAUCAGGGGUGGUAACCCUAAUAAGGAGUUACACAUGUUUGUUUGGAACUCGAGUACACCACCAGCUUCUGAUGUUAAUUGGAGACAUGCAGUGAAUGGGACCAUUGAUCCCUUUAAAGUUGUUGAUAUUGCACCCGAAAUUGCUACCUCAAAAGAAAGGGUGGUUGAGAUUGAGGAAGGAAUCGAAUAUCCUUUAAGCGGGUGCAAGAGGGAGGUGAACAUUGAAGAAAGGGAUGCAAACAAAAAGCAACAAAUGCCACAUGGUAGUGUCAUGACAAGGCUCAUUCUCAUCAUGGUUUGGAGGAAGCUCAUAAGAAGUCCUAUUACCUACGCAAGUCUUUUGGGCCUCGCAUGGUCUCUCAUAUCAUUUAGGUGGAACAUCAAAAUGCCAUCUAUUAUAAAUGGUUCCAUUUUAAUACUGUCUAAUACAGGGCUGGGAAUGGCCAUGUUCGCUCUAGGUCUAUUCAUGGGAUUACAACCCAAGAUCAUUGCUUGUGGAAAAUCUUUGGCAGCGAUUUCUAUGGCAAUUAGGUUCUUGGUUGGGCCAGCAGUGACUGCUGCAACCUCGGCAGCCAUCGGUAUCCGUGGAGUUCUUUUGCAUGUUACAAUUGUUCAGGCUGCUCUUCCAUUGGCUAUCAAUCCCUUUGUAUUCGCCGAAGAAUACAAUCUCCAUGCAGAUGUUAUCUGCACUGCGCUUAUCUUUGGAAUGGUGAUAUCGUUGCCCGUGACAGUACUCUACUUCGUUCUUCUUGGGCUCUAA